UGCCUCCUGCUGAAGUCUGCAGAACAUAACUGACAGAAAAUCAGUUGAAAGCAAAGAGGCGACAUGGCGUAUCGUAUUCUCAAGUAUGCAGUGCUUCUCCAGAAGUACAGGACUCCGCUGCUCAUCACGAGCUGUGGGGGGGUCUUUGGCGCCAACAUGUUCUACCACAUGUUCCCCGACAUGACCUACCGGCAGCUCUAUCAGGCCUGGUCCAAAGGAGAGCCGGUCACUAUGUCUGAAAAGCUCCAGGAUGUUUUCCAGCAGGUGUUAAAGGACUACGGUAUCAGCUCACCUGACAAUUUCUCCGCCUUCGCCUCCUAUGGGUUCCAUCCUGUUGGCGCUGGGGUCCCUUGGCUUCCUGCCGGGGCACAAAUUGGCAUCCCGGCCAAUUUCAACAGCACGUCGGAUGACUCGAAAGGAAUCACCAACCGCACCAUCUUCAUCGACGGCAAAGCGGUGGACUGGAGCAGCGAGGUCGGCUCUGCUCUACAGGAGGCGCUGGUGCUGUCCCUCGAUGCGCAGAAGUUCGCCAUAGCACGUGAAGUGGCCCGCUUGCAGUCCGCGGGCCCCGUCUUGAAUGCCGCUGUCGCCCCAGUCUGCCUGGGGGGGGUUUGGGUGUACAGUGUGCUAAUGAAGCAGCUGUUUGGGCUUCACACUGGGCCUCUGUUGUUCCGGGGUGGUGUGAACAUUCUGGCGUUGGGACUUGGGGUCGUGUCCUUCUUCCUGGCCUCUGAUUCGGUGCGCAGCUGGAUUGACAACAGCUCGGACCGGAGAGCGGCAGGAGUGUCACACGUUUACGCCCAAGGAGGGGUGGAGUUUUACGAUAAGAUGCUGUCCAGAAACCAGACGCUGCGCUCCCUGAUGGGGCAGAAGGGAGUGGAGAUGUACGCUCCCAGUGGGAACUUGUUUCCUGCCAACCUCCUUCAACUCAAACAGACUCCGUACACAGCCAGGAGGCAGGGGAUCCUCAAACUACUGGUGGAGGAGAACGCUUGAAAAUAACUGAGAGGCCGGAAUGGAUGUCACUUGAAGCUUUAAUGAUGAAUUAAGUUCUUCAACAUCUCCUGUUCCUGAGCUAAAAACCAAGCAAAAAACCCUGGCCAAUAGGUUUUUAAUUUAUGUUAUAUUGAAUACUCCAUCCCACAUGUGCUGAGGUGUCCACUGUUUUUGUGGCUAGUCUAUGAAACAAAAGCUAGAUUGAAAUGUUUUCCACUGUACCAAUAAACAUUUUUGAACCCUA